CUGCUGCUAGAUCAUCACGGAGACAACCCAGUCAUGCUUCAGCAUUUACCCACGGAAAGUCAGCUCAAGAACCGAAAAGCUGGACUCCGGAAGAAACAGUCAGGUGGGUGGGAGAUUCACAACUUUGCGACUCUACUAGAGUGGGCGUACACACAUUUGUGUACAUCGAAGAGUGACUUCUUUGGUCACGAAGACGACAUCAGCGCUGCGGACGCCGCAACGCAGUUUGCCAACAAGUCCCGCCAGUUUCAGCACGGUGUGAUCGCCUACGAAUGCCGGCGGGAUAUUGGCGUCUUGGGUGCUACGGAUGGAACAUAUAAACUGCAUUUCGGUGGAUGGACCCUCGUAGACUUUGGGACCUACACGACGCACUAUUCGCGAAAACAGUACUCCAAAACAUUUGUCCCUUGGAUGUAUAUGUUUGUCAAGACAGAG